AUGGAUCCCAUUCCAAUCAAGUCCAACUACAUCGAAUCGAUCGAUCUCGACCUCUUCAAAUUGAUGAGGCCGAUCGCAUCAAGAAAAAUCUAUACUCUCGACAAGCGAUCCAGCGCAUCGCGACAAGCGAUUAACGAUUCCACCAUCAUCACCCCCGAAGAUACAAUACCAAAAGGAGAGAUCGUGACUUUCCACGAGCACAAAACUAUAAAGCUCGAUAUGCCCCAUGACGAUGCCUUGGUGAUCGCAUUGGAAAUCGAAGGCGCCGUCUUUUCAAAAAUCCUCGUCGACAUCGGAAGCGCUGUCGACGUCAUCUCACAAAAAACGGUACGGGUGUUCGAGCAACCGAUCCCAAUGAUCAGACGAGAAACGACUCCCCUCGCCAGCUUCGAAGGAAAGUCGAUCCGUUCGCUCGGGAUCAUAUUAUUAACCACCAAAGCUUACGAUCUGGAACUGAAAGCAGAAUUCACCAUAGUCGAUCAUCCUAUGCCCUUCGAUGCCAUCGUAGGGCGCCCCUGGUUGCACUAG